AUGAACACAAUCCGGCCGGUGUUUCAAGACACCUUCGGCUUCAUCUCAAUCACCAUCAACAUCUACCUGCUGCUUCUGAUUCACCAUCGAUCGCCAAAGCAGCUCGGAACUUAUAAGUACAUGAUGCUCUAUAUCUCCUUAUUCGAAAUGUUCUACUCAAUUAUCGAUAUUGUCGCAAAUCCCAUUAUGCAUUCUUAUCGAUCGACAUUGGCGGCUCUCACCAGCACCCGGAAUUCCGUAUUCGGAUUUGAAGGCAAUAUGCUACUUAUAGGUUGGAAAUUGAUUAUUUGGUUCAUUAUACCCUUCAUCUAUCUGAUUGUAUGGAUGACAACGUCUCUGAUCUACAUUCCGAAGCGUCCGCAGAUGUCAAUGUUUAUAAGAAAGUCGGUUCUCGACAACUAUGGGUUGAUGAUGGAAGAUGUCGCCUACAUUGGUUUCUACUACUAUCCAACAGACUAUCAAGGGAAUCAGUACGUCGACUAUGAUUCCAUAACUGUUAUGGGAUUGAUGUGGCUAGAAAUUAUCGCGGUGAUAUCGAAAAAGAUGAGUAAGCUUCAGAAACAAUUGUUCUACGCGUUGGUUGUUCAGACCCUGAUCCCAGUAAUUCUUAUGUACAUCCCAGCAACGGGCCUCUUCUCAUUCCCAGCUCUCAAUGUGAACUUCUCACUGGCAGCCAGCUCCUGUGUCAUCACCAUUUCAAUCUAUCCAGCCAUCGAUCCCCUACCAACCAUAUUCAUUGUGGACAGCUAUCGGAAAUCCACCAUAGAAUUCUUGAAGACAUUCUACAAAAUGUUCACAUCGUCACACCAAGAUGGUCGAAGACAACUAAAUGGUGGUUAUAUUUGA